AUGGCUCCUACUACGAAGAAGAUAUGUAUCGGCAUUGACUUUGGGACAUCCUACGUGAGCGUUUCUUAUGUCCCAAUCGAUCCAUCAUUAGUUGCAGACGCCUUGCAGCAAAGUCUCGACAGGUCCCGAAUCAACACAUUAUGGUUUCGUCAAUCAGAUUGCAUCCCUGCUGUGCUAGCUUGGGACGAUGCUGAGGGAAAGUGGAUUAUCGGCCAAGGGAUUCAGAUCAAACGCUACUUUGGAAAAAUCAAGGAUGAGUACUGUUUCUUCCUGAUGAAGCUGGGGCUUGAUCGUCGUCCUUGCACUCAGAAGAUUCGGGAUAGACUGAACUGGCAGAUUUCUAACCUGCCUGAAGUGGCUCGGGCUCAGGUGAAAUCUAUAGAGGCUUUGGUCGAGACUUUCCUCGGACUCUUGUAUGCUGAAGUGAAGAUAAAGUUAGACAACAUACUCUCUCACGACGAAACCACAAUAGAGACUGCUGUCUCCGUACCUGCCGCAUGGGAUUUUGGUCUGCGGCACAAAAUCGUUGCCAUCGCUCAGAGAGCAGGUCUUGACAACGUCACGACUCCAGUUCAUGAGCCAGACAGCGCAGCGCUCGUUUUACGCUACGACGAGCCUCGUCACGUCGGUGGUGAUAGAUCCUUUGAGUGUAAAUCACAGUCUCCGUUCGUGGUAGUAGAUAUGGGAGGUGGGACUGUGGACCUGGUUACAUUCAAGUCGAAGAAUGGCUCCUUCCUCCAAUCAUCUGCACCUACUGGUGGUCUUCAUGGGUCCAGUUGGCUCAAUGAAUAUUUCUAUGAGCUUUUCAAGUCCAAACUUGGGAAUAGAUACUUCGAUCUCCUCGGCACUUGGAUAGAAUUAAAAGAACAGAAUAUUCCCCCUUCGCAAAAUCCCAGUGAUCAAGACGACGAAGAGAGUAUCAAGCGUCGAGCUAAAGAUAGUUUAGAAGCAUAUGUCAAAGGUCAAUUUGAGGAAGCUAAGAUGAACAUGGACCAAAGCUUCGAAGACAAUCUUAAGGAAGACUUUGAAGUCACAAUGCCUCGAAUACAAGUGUCUUAUCCACACACUGGCUUACACCGCGGAGCCUUCACAAUUCCAAAGAAAGAUGUCAUAAAGGUGUUCUCUCGGAUACUCAUACCAAUUCGGGAACUUACAGAGGGUCACCUGCAAGAAUUUGAAGAGAUGUAUGGAAAAGAGGGUGCAACACUCAGAACUUUGUUCUUCGUUGGUCGUCCGAGCAGCAACACUUAUCUCAAGCGCAAACUUCAGGACAUGUUCCCAGGGUUGAGGGUCAUAACACCGGCACAAGAUUCAGCACAUUUGAUCUCGAAAGGGACCUUGAUGAGAACGAUAAAUCGGGACGCCAUCAAAAGCUCAGUCAUGUCCUGCAGCAUUGGGUCUGCCUGGGAGGAAAAGUAUGAUGAAAAGAUACACGGGACAGAGGAAACGCCAGUCAAGUCGCCGGCCGAUGGUUCAAUGGUCGUUCCGGCUCGUAUGAAGUGGCUCUUUCGAAAAAGAGAGAUUUUGGAGCCCGGUGCAACUAGAUACUUCGAGGGCGAGCAUUAUAUCCAAACACGGGAUCAUUUGUCGGCACUGGACGCUAAGAAUGAUCCUAACGUGCGAUUCGGGGCAGACAUCCAUCCCAUAGGAUUCGUCCGACUUAAAAUCACAAAACGAGAAAUGGGACAGUUCCCUCGAAAAUGGAAUAGAGGACGAAGUUGGUACACUUUCAUAUAUCGACUUCGGAUUACAUACCUCGGACCUAUCAUGAAGUACGAAUUCAUCAUACCCCGAAAGGGUGUCAUCGCCCCCGACAAUGAGGAGGAAUGGACGAAUAACUCUUUCUCAAAGGACAGUGCCCUGGAGCUCGACGCUUUCUUCGAUCAGAAAAACCGUCUUUCGCCAGAUUCUCAAGGGAGGAACCAAUUCCUAAGGUCGGAUGACCACGACGGAACGGCAGAAGCAGCAACAUUCAAUCAGCCAAAAAAAGCAUAUGGAAGACGGAUUCCUGGCGCAUUCACGGCAGAAGCAAGAUAUAACCAUCAGAUGCAGAUUCCUGAAACAGCUGUUGGAGAAGAAGAAGGAAGGCCCCAGCAAAAUCAAAAGAGCGAUCCUGGACACCUGCAAACGAGAAGUCAGACAAAACAAAGUGCCACUCAAAUACAACCUCAAGCUAAUGACCAUGAUGUGAGCCAGCGUUCCUCACGCACGGGUGUUCCUGGGAAAACACUUCGCCACCCCUACAUUUCUUUUGCAAGCGAGAAUGCUCCGGCGAAUAAAUUGACGAAGCGAACUUCAGCACACAACUCGUCUGCAAACGAGCCCUUACAAAAGAAAGGCAAAGCGCCAGACAAAGGACGAGUCUUGAGAUGUUGA